AUGGUGAAGUUUAUACUGAAACGUUUUUCAAGAAUAAUAUCCCCAUUUUCACUGCACCAUCACAAUGGGUUUACUCUUGGGAGUUUAUCGUACAAAAAGCUUCCUGGCCAGCUACUCCAGAUUUCUAUUCUCAAAUUGGAUGGCUCUUCUUUUAGUGUUUAUGUAUCCAAGAAUGCAACUGUGGGCAGUCUGGAAUUUGCAGUUGAGGAAGUUUAUGAUGUUUUACCUGAGGACGAAGGCAAUAUUUUAUGGUCACUUAUAUGGAGCCACUUCUGUUUGUGCUACAAGGGUCAAAAGCUAAUCAAUGAGAAAGCUUGCCUUCGAAGUUAUGGGAUCAAAGAUGGUGAUGAGCUUCGUUUUAGCCGGCAUAUGAGGAUUGACCACAAACCUGCUCGACAGCAAUCUGAAAAUCACUUUGUUGUAUCCGAACAACACUCACUAUCAAAUGCUUGUGAUGCAAAAGCUGAUGAUCAUGUUAGCAUCAAAGAUCAAGAAAGCGACCAGAAGGACUUCAACUGUGAACAAGACUUGGCUUUUCCUCGAGAAAAAUUCAAUUUAGCCCACUUUUUGAAACACUGGCUAUCCCGUUCGAAAUCACAUGGUUUGAGAAGAGGUAGAGGGUACACAUUGUUAUAG